UCGUGAGGUCGUCGGACAUGUCAAAACUCAAAUUUCAGGAUUAGAUAGCAAUUUAUUUUGGAAAGUUCAUUAAUUUUAUGUUAUCGUGCGGUAAUUUGGUUUAGAAGCUGUUUACAGUUAUAUUCCCUUGGUUAAGUUUAUCGUACCAUCAAAUAUUCGCAUAAAAACAUCGUAGUGCAGAUUUUUUCGGACGUCAUCUAAUUGUGUUUUGAUAAGUAUUGUGAAUAUAAAGUGAUUUGUGACGUAAUAAAAGGUAAUUUGCGUUAAUUGAUUCAAUAAGAAUGGCAGAAACGAGCGAGGCAAAGGCGAGCCCCUCGGCGCCUGGUGGAGAUGCCGGGGGUGAGGAAGACAAGCGGGACGAACGUAUGCUGGAGUGCAACAUCUGCCUCGACACGGCGCGGGACGCUGUCGUCAGCAUGUGCGGACACCUCUUCUGCUGGCCAUGCCUUCAUCAGUGGCUGGAGACGCGGCCGAGUCGCCAGGUGUGUCCGGUCUGCAAGGCCGCCAUCAGCCGAGAGAAGGUCAUCCCCCUGUACGGCAGGGGAAACACAAAACAAGAGGAUCCUAGAACAAAGGUACCACCGCGGCCGGCCGGUCAGCGCACGGAGCCGGAGAGCGGGGGCGGAUUCCCGGGCUUCGGCUUCGGCGAGGGCUUCCACAUGUCAUUCGGCAUCGGCGCCUUCCCCUUCGGCGUCUUCACAUCCACCUUCAACUUUGGCGACCCACGGCCUAGCGCAGCGCCGCGCGGCACGGCGCAGUACGAGGAGGAGCAGUUCCUGUCGAAGAUAUUCCUGUGGGUGGCCAUCCUGUUCGUGCUGUGGCUCAUCUUCGCGUGACCGGCCGGGUUGGUGGGCUGGCGGGCGCUGUGUGCGGACUGCUCGCGAGACUAGUUGACCACCGUGUUGGGUAGUCGACCGACGUGCGGACUGCUCGCUUGUUGACCAACAUAUUGAGUAGUCGACCGACUCGUUGACUGAUUGAGGUUGAUGUACCAUCCAGGAAAUUGAUUCCUAGGCAGUUGACAGACCUUAUUUGGUCGGAUCAUGUCAAUUCAAUCACCGAAACUCUAAAUCACUAGGUUUGUUAACAUCGAAGAUAAAGGGGGUGAGAAAUAGCCGCGAACCGCUUCGAGAAAAGUAUGGUACGGCCAUGCCUUUGCUCCAUCCUAAAAAGCUUGGAUGGGGCACUGCCGUGCCCCCAGAAUAUUAUGUUAAUUGUGGCUGCAUUUG